AGGUCGGUAAUAGUUUCCUUGGCUGUGGGUCUCUUGAUCGUGACCUGCCUCGCCAUGCCAGAUGACAGUGGCGGCCACGGUGGUGAUGGUGGCGGCUAUGGUAGAUCCGGUGGCGGAGGUGGCUAUAGUGGCUCCAGUGGAGGAGGUGGUUAUGGUGGCUCCAGUGGCGGAGGCGGUUAUGGUGGCUCCACUGGCGGAGGCGGCUAUGGUAGCUCUAGUGGCGGAAGUGGCUAUUCUGGCUCCAGUGACGGAGGCGGCUAUGGUGGUUCCAGUGGUGGAGGUGCAUAUGGUGGCUAUGGUAGCUCCUGUGGCGACGUCGGUCAUGGUGCCUCCAUUGGCGGAGGCGGCUUCGGUAGCUCCGGUUGUGGAGGCAGCUAUGGUGGCUCCAAUGGCGGGGGCGGCUAUGGUAGCUCCAGUGCCGGAAAUGGCUAUUCUGGUUCUAGUGGCGGAGGCGGCUAUGGUAACUCCGAUGGAAGUUAUGGAAAAUAUAUGUAA